CCGCGGCAGGGGGCGGGGUCGCGCCUCCUCCGCGACUCUGGUUCCAGCGGAGCCUCAUGGACGCGGAGAUGGAAAUCCCGAGGCUGCUCCCGGCUCGCGGGUCGCGACAGGGCGGCGGCGCUGGCAGCCCCGGGGGCGGCGGCCGGAUCCACGGAGGUCCUGACCCGCGGGCCGGCCAGGCCCCCGCGCGCCGCCUCCUGCUGCUCCGGGGCCCCCAAGAUGGCGGGCCCGGGCGGCAGCGUGAGGAGGACCGCGCGGCCUCCCCGGGCCCGGGCCCUAGCCCGUUGGUGCCGAGGCCCGAUCACGCUGGUGGCGGCGGCGGCGGCGGCGGCGGCGGCGGCGGCGGCGGCGAUGACUUCUUCCUGGUGCUGCUGGACCCGGUGGGUGGAGACGUAGAUUCCACGGGCGCCGGCCAGGCUGCAGGGCCCCUAUGGAGGGAGGAGGCCGGGCUGGGCCCACGGUUCCAGGGGCACGAAAGCGGCGCGAACCCCGAGGGCCGCCCUUCGCUGGGCCCCAGCUGCCUGUCCGCUAUCCGCGCCCCAGUCCCGGCCCUGGCCCCGAUCCCCGCCCCAGGCAUGGGCCCCGCCGCGGCCUUCGCGGGCACCGUCACCAUUCACAACCAAAACCUGCUGUUGCGCUUCGAGAACGGCGUCCUCACCCUGGCCACGCCCCCGCCGCCAGCCUGGGCGCCUGGGGUCGCCCCUGCCCCGCAGCCCGGGGGUCUGAUCGCCCCGCAAGCGGGGAUCCUACACGCCGCGCAGCCUGGCGACUGUCCCGAGCUGCCGCCCGACCUCCUGCUGGCCGAGCGGGCCGAACCCGCGCCCGCCCCAGCGCCCGAGGAGGAGGCGGAGGGCCCGGUUGCUGCUGAGAGCCCCCGCGGGCCGCUAGGCCCGGGCCAGGGCAUGGUGCUGUACCUGUGUCCUGAGGCGCAGUGCGGACAAACCUUUGCCAAGAAGCACCAGCUGAAGGUGCACCUGCUGACGCACAGCAGCAGCCAGGGCCAGCGGCCCUUCAAGUGCCCCCUGGGCGGUUGCGGCUGGACCUUCACCACCUCGUACAAGCUCAAGAGGCACCUGCAGUCACACGACAAACUGAGGCCCUUUGGCUGCCCGGCAGAGGGCUGUGGCAAGAGCUUCACCACGGUGUAUAACCUCAAAGCGCACAUGAAGGGCCAUGAGCAGGAGAACUCAUUCAAAUGCGAGGUGUGUGAGGAGACCUUCCCCACGCAGGCCAAACUCAGCGCCCACCAGCGCAGCCACUUCGAGCCUGAGAGACCCUACCAGUGCGCGUUUUCGGGCUGCAAGAAGACGUUUAUCACAGUGAGUGCCCUGUUUUCCCAUAACCGCGCCCACUUCAGGGAACAGGAACUCUUUUCCUGCUCCUUUCCUGGCUGCAGCAAACAGUACGACAAGGCUUGUAGGUUGAAAAUUCACCUUCGGAGCCACACUGGUGAGAGACCGUUCCUUUGUGACUUCGAGGGCUGUGGCUGGAACUUCACCAGCAUGUCCAAACUCCUAAGACACAAAAGGAAGCACGACGAUGACCGGAGGUUCAUGUGUCCUGUAGAAGGCUGUGGGAAAUCUUUCACGAGGGCCGAACAUCUGAAAGGCCACAGCAUAACCCACCUGGGCACAAAGCCUUUUGUGUGCCCCGUGGAAGGCUGCUGUGCCAGGUUCUCUGCUCGCAGUAGUCUCUACAUUCACUCCAAGAAACACUUGCAGGAUGUGGACACUGGUAAAAUCCGAUGCCCAGUCUCCACUUGUAAUAAACUCUUCACAUCCAAGCACAGCAUGAAGACCCACAUGGCCAAAAGGCACAACCUGCGCCAGAAUCUCUUAGCUCAGCUAGAAGCUGCAAAUUCUCUUACGCCCAGCAGUGAACUUACCAGCCAGGGGCAGAAUGACCUAAGUGAUGCAGAGCUUGUGUCUCUCUUCUCUGAUGUGCCCGGUAAUAGUUCUGCUGCAGUAUUGGACACCGCAUUGGUGAACUCUGGGAUCUUGACUAUUGAUGUGGCUUCUGUGAACUCAACUCUGGCAGGGAAGCUCCCUGCUAAUAAUAAUAAUAAUUCCUUAGGGCAGGCGGUGGACCCUCAGGCCUUGAUGGCCACCAGUGACCUUCCUCAAAGUCUGGAUACCUCACUCUUCUUUGGAACGACAGCCGCUGGUUUUCAGCAGAGUCCCUUAGAUACGGAUGAUGUCUCAAGUCUAAGUGCGGGGCCGUUGGGAUCUCUGAGCUCUUUGGCUAUGAAAACCUCGAAUCAAGAGCCCCAAGCUUUGACCCCCAGCAGUAAGCUAACAGUUGACACAGAUGCUCUGACUCCUUCGAGCACCCUUUGUGAAAACAGUGUCUCAGACCUACUGCCGCCAACGAAAACGGAAUGGAACGUACGCCCUGACUCUGACUUCUUUGGACAGGAGGAAGAAACCCAGUUUGCAUUCUCCAAUCCAGCAGGAAACCAUGGGUCUCAGAAAGAAACAGAUCUUAUCACAGUGACUGGCAGCUCAUUUUUGGUAUGAACUAAACUCUAUUCAUUCCUUGCCACAUGGCUUAUUUUAUUGAUGACACUCAAUUUUAAGAGUAUUCUGGACUAAAUAUUUAAAUGCAGUCAUUUCUUAUAGGUUUGAAAAAGAACAGAGCCCUGGACUACAAGUUUGGAGAUUUAAAUUCUGAUCUUGAGUCUGGAACUGACAGGUUGUGUGACCCUGAGCAAGUCACUUAUCCUAUCUGAGCCUUAAUUUCCUUAUUUAUAAAAUGUGGUGGUUUGAAUAGAUUGUUUCUAAGGUCAUUUCAGCUCUAUUUCCAUCAUUUUGUGCUCUUUCUUGAAAAUUUUAGGACCUUUUACAAUGAUUAACAAUUGCAUGUGCUCCUAAUGUAGCGAAAAAUGCAUUGAGAGUUAAUGAUCUGAGAACAUGGAACUGGUGUUUAACUUUCAAAAUUUAAUGGAAAUUUUACGCAGUGCUAAAAUAUUUCUAAAAUCUUGUGGUGAGCUUUAAAAAGAAGAAAGCUGAAAAUCUGGGUUGGUUCUUUUUACCUAUUUAUCUUUGUAGCCUCUUUUUUUUUUUUUUUUUUUGAUGGAAGGCUGUGUUGGGGUAAGUUCCAGGAAUUUGAUUAGACUCAGACUCAGAAAUACUGAUGACUUUGUGGUGUUGAAUAAGUGGCCUUAUUAAGUCAUUUCCUCUCACUAACCCUCAGUUCCCUAGGUGUAAAGCUGUCAUUGUAAUUUACACAUACCUGAUGCAUUGUAGACAUCUUCUAUCCUAGUAGUUAGGUAUGGAGGGAAAAAUGUUUUAUAUUUUGGCAUGUUUUAGUGAAUUUUUACACCUUUCCUGCCCCUCUUAUUCCCUUCCUCAAAGAAAUUAGCAUAAUUUAACACCAUGUUCGUGUGCAGGCAGUAAUGCUUUAUGCAGGUUAAGAAACAGAAAAGGGAAUCUCUUUCUUCCACAGAUUAAGGAUUUUUCUCCACACAAUUCUGUGACUUUGCCAACCUGUCCAUUAGACCUGGACAGUGUCUUUACUCUUGCAUUCAAAGCCAUCCUAUAGAGUGACCGGAGAGCCUGUGGUUCCAAGGAAAUCUGGGACUAGGCCAGAGUAAGGUUCUUCUCCCCUCUGUGCCCUGGAGAGCUCAUUGUUUGCCUUCUCCCAGAGUUGGAAUGAGAGUUUUACUUUGCAUUUUGAGUAAAUAUUGUCUGUCUUACUUGAGUAUAGCAUUUGACAGUAUAUGUAGCACUUUCACAACUGUUAUUUUGAUCCUUACAAUAUUUUGAGAUAGUUAUGGCAAAAUUUCAACUAUAAGACAUAUUAAAAUUUACCUAACUCUUACUUAGUAACUCUUAAUUGUGUGUGUGUGUGUGUGUGUGUGUAUGCACAUCAACUUUCAUUCUACUCUUCUGAGUUUCAUAAUGACUUUUGUUUAUAACCACUUGUUCCAUUCCACAUUAAUAUAUGUCUCUUAUCUUCUGCCAGCUCUGCUCCCUCUCCAACCUAUUCUCUAGCAUGUCCACUCCAUUCCUUGCCAUGAUCUCUUUUUUUUUUUUAAUUAGGUAAGUCUUUUUCAUGGUCACAUCUCUCAGCCAUUCAGAACAUGGCCCAUGUUUCAGUCCCAAUGUUUACUGCAAGUCUGAGUGUGCAUUAAGAAAUUAUUUUCUGGAUUUAGAGGUCAGUGUGUUUAUAUAUGAAUCAAAUUAUAAUGGAAAUGUUUUAUAUAAGGUUUUAUGAGACAUGUAGUUCUUCUAUUCUUCUAAAAUUUUUCAACAUGUAGUUCUGCUAGCAAACACUAUUAGUUGCUGUGAAACAUUCUAAUCCAGUACUGUUUGUAUGUACAUUUGUCGAUAACAAUUAUAGCACUUUGGCAGUGCACUUUAUAAUUUGCCAUUUUUAAAUACAUCUGUACUGUCUAAUUUUUAAAUUGGUUGUACUCAUUCAGUGAAAAAGCAAAAAGUAUACAUAAAUUUGUAAUCCAAAGAAAUGGUCAGAGUGUGAUUGUUUGUUACCAUUUAACAGUUCUCCCUCAGCAUUUUGGAAGGAUUUUUAAGCCCAUUUUAGAAAUGUGUUGUCAUUAGUUAAGUCCUCUUAAAUAAGUUAUUCUUCUUUUCCUACAGAUAGGAAUGCAGAGAUCCCAGGUGAACAUGCAGGUCUUAAGCAUCUGUUAAUAUAUAUAACCAUAAGAAUAUUUUAAAAUCCUGUCAUUUUGUUUCUUCAAUCCCUCAUUAAAAACAAUCAUAAAAUAUGCUUUUGUUCUAUUCUGUGGAAUUGUCAAAGGACAGAUUUUACUUUUCUUGAAGAUAAAAAUCUUGUAAUUAUUUAUGGGCCCACAUGGUUUCUUUCAGUCAAUUUGUUCAAAAGAUUUCUCAUUCAAUACCAUUUUUCCAACAUGAUGGUGAAAAUAGCAUGAAAUUACAGUCAAAAGUAUCAGUACAAACAUAAUGGUUACAUUUUUGUUAGUGUUGGCAUAAAUUUGCCAUUUAAAAAAAUGGGAUAUGAUUUAAUGUUAUCUCAUUUGCUUUUUGUGCUUCUUCAGUCCUUGGUUUAUUAAAAUUUUGCCAAUUGAAAACACAGUAACAAAAUACUUUUUUUUAAAAUAAACAUGGCCCCUUUACCUUUUAUUUAUUUAUUUAUUUAUUUAUUUAUUUAUUUAUUUAUUUAUGGCUGUGUUGGGUCUUCGUUUCUGUGCGAGGGCUUUCUCUAGUUGUGGCAAGCGGGGGCCACUCUUCAUCGCGGUGCGCGGGCCUCUCACUACUGCGGCCUCUCUUGUUGUGGAGCACAGGCUCCAGACGUGCAGGCUCAGUAAUUGUGGCUCACGGGCCCAGCCGCUCCGCGGCACAUGGGAUCUUCCCAGACCAGGGCUCAAACCCGUGUCCCCUGCAUUGGCAGGCAGAUUCUCAACCACUGCGCCACCAGGGAAGCCCAGUAACAAAAUACUUUGCAGGAAGGUUUGCAUCCAGGGGACUCUGUUGAACAUAUUCAUCAUGAGUUAAAAUACGUUUAUUUUGACAUUUUUAUCCUGGUCUCAUUAUAGUAUUACAUAAUUGAAAGGCUUGAGUAGUAGAAGUGAAACUUGAUAGAAUAUGAGGGUCAUUUUUCUCUGGAUUAAAUACUUCAUAUUCCCAUCCAGGAAAAAUAAGAGAAGGGUAUUUAUGAGUAUUCCUUGGUUCCAGAUAAAGCAUUGAUUAAUUGCCAGUUUUGGGAAUAUCCAUAAUCCCUUAGUAAUUACUGAUAUCAAACAGAUCCAUUUGAUGAUUCGGUAAUAAUAAAACCUAAUUUAGAUGCAGCUCUUUCAAAAUAUUGAUAAUAGUGAUAAUUGAAAUAUAAGGCUGAGCUGAAAUUUAUGUAAUUUACACUUUUGAACAAAAGAUUUGUUUAACAAUUUUUUAGAAAGUGAAAUGUGUUUUGCACACUUAGAGAACAGGUUAUCAAGCACUUUGUAAGACCACAACUAAAUAUUAAAAGCAAAGCACUCAUUACAAAUGAAUUUUUUAUAUUUUUCAAAUCUGAUUUGAUUUGGUAACAAUUUUUAAGCUAGGGACCUCAUUGCAUAUUUCGAGUUAAUUUACUGACUAUAUACAAAAAUACAAGGUAGAAGAGUACUAGGGAUGUAGAUUAGAGGUAUAAAAUGUGAGCUACUUCUUAAUUUUAGAGAGGACAUAGGAAUUAAAUAUUUCACAUCUAAACAAUAUCAGCAAGCAUGUUUUCAGACACUAAAUUAAUGGCUUGGAGGGAAAGGAGGGGCAGUAGCUAUGCUUUAAUGGAUGGUUAGAUUUAGUUACAUAGAUAAGAGAAUAGGUGAAUUCCAGCCUGGAAAAAAAGCACAAGGAAAGAAUUUGAAAUGGAAUUGGCCACACAACACGGAAAGACAACCUAGCUCAAAUGCAGGAUGCAUGUUUGAUAAGUGCUAAGUGUUAGGGUUAGACUGCCAAUAUGGAGCCAAUCUGAAGAGCUAAGAAAACCAGUCACAGUGGAUAGGACUUUAUUCUGGACAUGGUUAAGAGUCAGUGAAGAUAUUUAAAAAGAGAAGUCAAAUGAUGAAUAUAUAGAAAGUUUAAUAUAGUAGACAUGUACAAUGUGAAUUUGAUGAGGGGAGAUGAUAGGAAAAUCAUUUAGGAGUCUAUUGCAAUAAUUUCAGGGUUCUGUGAUGAAGGCUUGGACUGGGGUUGUGGCAGAAAAGGACAGAUUGGAGAUGUUUCUAAAUUGGAGAAACAAAUAUAACUUGGUGACUCACUGAAUAUAUGAAACAUCCAUGAGAAAAAGGAAGAUCAGAAAUGACUAAGGAUUUUUUUUUGAAACUAAAAAUUACAUUUCAUUAACAUGAAAAAGAGAUUGGGUAUUGAAGUCUUUUCAGGAAUAUAUAUUGAAAGAUAAUUAGUUCAGGGCAUGUUUAAUUUAUUGGGAAGUGAUAAAUCAGUUAUCCCUGAAUAAACUAUACAUAUUGUGGAUUAUACACACCACUAGACAGUGAGUGCCAUUUCAUCUCCCUUGGCUCCCUCAUGUAUUCUCAGAUUUAUAUUCAACGUUUGUACUCUUGUUUGCCUUUGAGUAUUUACAGGCCUCUUCAACCUCAUACAAUAUCCUCCCAGAAUACACUGCAUCAAAAUGAGCUAUGUCACCUUUGUCUGACAGUUCUUUCUUACUACUACUCUCUUCCCUUCUAUGGAUAUUCAACGGAUAUUUUAUGUGGUACUUAGUAAUAUAAUAAAUCAUUUCUCCAGAAUUUGGGAGAUGCUGCUUAGUCAUUAAUUUCAAUAGUUCCUCAAUAUAAACUCUGCAAAAUUGAAUUGUACCUGUAUUUUUCUCAGAUUGGAAGUGAUAGGACUAGAAUCGUCCAAAAAUAACUUCCAUGUGAUCCUUGGGUCUCCUUACUCAUAAUCCCCUCUGUGACUAACUAAUGUGGUGUGGGAACUCAGUCACAGGGAUCACAUCCUCUCUUAUUUACAUAUCUUAGCAUAUUUUCUCCUUUUUCUUGUUACCCUUACCACUAAUGGUGAUAACUCAGGAGGAAUGGAGUCCAAAGAAAGAGUGAGAGAGUAAAUAAGUAGCAUAAAUAACUACCUAACAAUUACAUUUUGUUUGAUGGUGAAUUUUGCUGUCCUGCAUUGUCAACAGAAGACUUCAUCUCAUUCUAAUUUUCUGCUGACAUUUAUGGACCUGAAAAACACUUGGCCUACAGAAAACAAUUCAUUGUUUUAAACAAAGCAAGACAAUGAUUCUUAAGAACACUAACAAAGUGUGAAUCCCUUAGGAAUAUCUCGUAUUGUUAUCGGCUUAUUAAGAAGCUAGUAAUUAUUGAGUGCCUACUCUGUGUGAGAUACUAUAAGGUUUAAAACAAAAGCAUAUUUUAUCAAUUCAUUCAAACAAACAUUUUUGAGCACAUAUUUGAGAAUUUCUGUUGUUAUGCUCACAAACAUUAUUAUCCAGACAGAGAAAGAAAAACUCAAGCAAUGAAAAAUAAUAUAUAAUCAAGUUCUAAAUGGUUACAUUUUGGAAUAAUAAAGGAUUAAAUAUCAGCUGUCAUUCAUAGAGCAUGGACUAAAAAUCGUGAUAAGGAAAAAUUCAAUGCACAGAUUAUCAAAGGUAUUUCCAAAAAUUCUAAGAAUCUAAAAUUUAAUCUGGCAUACAGCAGUUAGAUUAAACUAUCCUAAAUUAAAAUUUAAACCAAAAUUUGAGUGGUAGCUUAAAUAAUUAUCGCAAAAUUCUUUGGUAAAUAACUUUUAAAUUAUGCUUUAUUUUUAUUUAUUCUAAAUUGGAAUCCUGGAUGUAGUGUUAUAUAUGAAAGUGAUCUUUUGUAAAUCAUAUAAAAUAAAUAUGUUAUUUUGAAAGAGAAAGCUAUAGAA